CGCCUUUGGAAAAGGGGCGAAGACUGCGCUGGUGACUUUCCCUCGCCCUCCCCACCCCUUUUUUAUUGCUGAGAGAGGAGAGUUUUGCCCUAAGCCGCAGGGAUGAAGUCGCCCCUCGGAGGAGGGUCCCUGGCCUCGCUGUGGGCGCUCCUGCUUCUGGCCGCCGCGCUCGCCUUCUGGCCGACGAGCGGAGAAAUCUGCGGCCCCGGCAUCGACAUCCGCAACGACUUCCAGCAGCUGAAGCGCCUGGAGAACUGCACGGUGAUCGAGGGCUACCUGCACAUCCUGCUCAUCUCCAAGGGCGACGACUACCGCAGCUACCGCUUCCCCAAGCUCACGGUCAUCACCGAGUACCUGCUCCUGUUCCGCGUGGCCGGCCUGGAGAGCAUCGGCGACCUGUUCCCCAACCUCACGGUCAUCCGCGGCUGGAAGCUCUUCUACAACUACGCGCUGGUCAUCUUCGAGAUGACCAACCUCAAGGACAUCGGCCUGCGCAACCUGCGUAACAUCACCCGCGGCGCCAUCCGCAUCGAGAAGAACGCCGACCUCUGCUACCUGUCCACCGUGGACUGGUCCCUCAUCCUCGACGCCGUGUCCAACAACUACGUGGUGGGGAACAAGUCCCCCAAGGAGUGCGGCGACGUGUGCCCGGGGGCCCUGGAGGGGAAGUCCACCUGCGACCGGACCACCAUCAACAACGAGUACAACUACCGCUGCUGGACCCAGGACCACUGCCAGAAAACCUGCCCGAGCGCGUGCGGGAAGCGGGCGUGCACGGAGAACAACGAGUGCUGCCACCCCGAGUGCCUGGGCGGCUGCACGGCCCCCGACGACGAGGCGGCCUGCGUGGCCUGCAAGCACUACUACCACGAGGGCGUCUGCGUGACCGACUGUCCCCCCAACACCUACCGCUUCGAGGGCUGGCGCUGCGUGGACCGCGACUUCUGCGCCACCAUCCCCAACGCCGACAGCUUCGAGCUGGAGGGCUUCGUCAUCCACGACGGCGAGUGCAUGCAGGAGUGCCCCUCCGGCUUCAUCCGCAACGACAGCCUGAGCAUGUACUGCAUCCCCUGCGAAGGACCGUGCCCCAAAAUCUGUGAGGAAGACAAGGGGACAAAGACCAUCGACUCGGUGACCUCGGCUCAGAUGCUCCAGGGCUGCACCAUCUUCAAGGGCAACCUGCUCAUUAACAUCCGCAGGGGCAAUAACAUCGCCUCGGAACUGGAGAACUUCAUGGGGCUCAUCGAGGUGGUCACGGGCUACAUCAAGAUCCGCCACUCCCAUGCGCUGGUCUCCCUGUCCUUCUUCAAGAGCCUCCGCCAGAUCCUCGGCGAGGACCAGCUGGAGGGGCCCUACAAGAACGUCACCGAGUACGACGGCCAGGACGCCUGCGGCUCCAACAGCUGGAACAUGGUGGACGUGGACCUGCCCGCCAACAAGGACAUGGAGCCCGGCAUCCUGCUGCACGGCCUGAAGCCCUGGACGCAGUACGCCAUCUACGUGAAGGCCGUGACGCUGACCAUGGUGGACAACGACCACAUCCGCGGGGCCAAGAGCGACAUCCUCUACCUCCGCACCAACGCCUCAGUGCCUUCCAUCCCCCUGGAUGUCAUCUCGGCCUCCAACUCGUCCUCCCAGCUGAUCGUCAAGUGGAACCCGCCCUCCCUGCCCAACGGCAACCUGAGCUACUACAUCGUGCGCUGGCAGCAGCAGCCGCAGGACGCCUACCUGUACCAGCACAACUACUGCUCCAAAGACAAGCUCCCCGUCCGCAAGUACACAGAGGGCGUCUUCGACAUCGAGGAGGUGACGGAGAACCCCAAGACCGAGUCGUGCAACACCCCCAAGGGGCCCUGCUGCGCGUGUCCCAAAACCGAGGCCGAGAAGCAGGCGGAGAAGGAGGAGGCCGAGUACCGCAAAGUCUUUGAGAACUUCCUGCACAACUCCAUCUUCGUGCCCAGGCCCGACAGGAAACGCAGGGACGUGGGCCAGAUCUCCAACACCACCCUCUCCGGCCGGAGCAGGAACAGCACGGUGACGGACCCCUUCAACAGCACGGACUCGGACGACAGGGAGACGGACUACCCUUUCUUCGAGAGCAGGGUGGACAAGAAGGAGAGGACCGUCAUCUCCAACCUGAAGCCCUUCACCCUCUACCGCAUCGACAUCCACAGCUGCAACCACGAGGCCGAGAAGCUGGGCUGCAGCGCCUCCAACUUCGUCUUUGCGAGAACCAUGCCUGCAGACGGAGCGGAUGACAUUCCCGGGCCGAUAACCUGGGAGGUGAAGCCUGACAACACCAUCUUCUUAAAGUGGCCGGAACCGGAGAAUCCCAACGGUCUGAUUCUCACGUAUGAGAUAAAAUACGGGUCGCAGGUCGAGGACCAGCGGGAGUGCGUGUCGCGGCAGGACUACCGGAAGCACGGAGGGGCCAAGCUGCAGAAGCUCACCCCGGGGAACUACACGGCCCGCAUCCAGGCCACCUCUCUGUCGGGGAACGGGUCCUGGACAGAGCCCGUGUUCUUCUACGUCCAGGACAAAGCAGCGUAUGACAGUCACGCCCACCUGGUCAUCGCGCUGCCCAUCGCCAUCGUGCUGACCGUCCUGGGGCUGGCCCUCACGCUGUACAUCAUCCACAGGAAGCGUAAUCGGAUGGGGAACGGAGUGCUGUACGCGUCUGUGAACCCCGAGUAUUUCAGCGCGGCCGACGGUAAGCUCAGCUCCCUGCGUGGGGGCGCCGGUCCGGCCGCUUUCGGGAGGGUGGCUCACCUCGGGGAGGAAGAGGUCUGCAUGACUUGGAGGUACUCUGUCUUCGGUAACACUUCUUUACAUAAAAAAAACCAAAGGUGGAUCUUCGACUUACAGCGUGUCUCCAGUCCUCCUCUCUGUCUCCCUCCCUCCCUCCCUCCCUCCCAGGUGCGUUUGCUGGGAGUGGUGUCCCAGGGCCAGCCAACCCUGGUCAUCAUGGAGCUCAUGCCCCGCGGAGACCUCAAGAGUUACCUCAGGUCUCUGAGACCGGAAAUCGAGAACCACCCCGUCCUCUCGCCGCCGACCCUCAGCAAGAUGAUCCAGAUGGCAGGGGAGAUUGCGGAUGGCAUGGCGUACCUCAACGCCAACAAGUUCGUCCACAGGGACCUGGCUGCCCGGAACUGCAUGGUGGCUGAGGAUUUGACCGUCAAGAUCGGAGACUUCGGCAUGACUCGCGACAUCUACGAGACCGACUAUUACCGGAAGGGCGGGAAGGGGCUGCUGCCUGUGCGCUGGAUGUCCCCCGAGUCCCUCAAGGACGGCGUGUUCACCACCCACUCUGAUGUCUGGUCCUUCGGCGUCGUGCUCUGGGAGAUCGCCACGCUGGCCGAGCAGCCCUACCAGGGCCUGUCCAACGAGCAGGUUCUGCGCUUCGUCAUGGAGGGCGGCCUUCUGGACAAGCCCGACAACUGCCCUGACAUGCUGUUCGAGCUCAUGCAGGUGUGCUGGCACUUCAACCCCAAGAUGCGGCCUUCGUUCCUGGACAUCAUCGGCAGCAUCAAGGACGAGCUGGAGCCCGGCUUCAUCGAGGUGUCCUUCUACUACAGCGACGAGAACAAGCCGCCCGACACCGAGGAGCUGGACCUGGACCCCGACCAACUGGAGUGCGUGCCCCUGGACCNCUCGGCCUCCUGCUCCUAUAGGGGGAUCUAG